AUGAUCGAGCAGCUAGGCAAGCCCGCGUUCUUUCUGACCCUUGGCAUGUCCGAGCUCCGCAAUGAGCACCUGUUCAAUGUCAUCGAGAGAGUCAGAGCCGGUCGAGGCGCACCACCGCAGGAUCUGCGGCUUUCUCCCAGCUGUCAAAACAUGCUGUUCUCGGCCACGUAUGGCAAGGAUGUGAUGGAGUUUGCAGAAAUGAUAAUCUUCAACCCCAUGGUGAUCCGGUUGCGGAAGGAUGAGGAAAGCCUGGAGAAUGUCAAGCAGUACUAUGUGGUGUGCUCGAGCAAAGAAGAAAAGUUCUGGGCCAUUUCAAACAUCUACGGUGUGCUGGCCAUUGGGCAGACCAUUAUAUUCUGCCACACACGCCGGGAAGCUGACUGGCUGGCCAGAAAAUUGACAGAGGAGGGUCAUGCUGUGGGCAUGCUCUCUGGUGACCUCACCAUUGAAGAGCGUAUUGCUGUACUCAAAGACUUCCGCCUCGGCAAAAAGCGUGUCCUCAUCACCACCAAUGUCUGUUCCAGGGGCAUCGACGUGGAGCAGGUGACCAUGGUUGUAAACUAUGACCUUCCUGUCGACAUGAAGGGCCAGGCCGACUGUGAAACAUACCUGCAUCGCAUUGGGCGCGCAGGCCGUUUUGGCAAGUCUGCAAUUGCUGUCAGUAUGGUGGAGGGCAACCACAACUUGGCAGUCCUAAAACAGAUUCAGGAGCACUUUGGGCGGCCAAUUCGAAAUCUGGAUACGGAAGACCUCGACCAAUUGGAAAACAUUCAGCAGUGA